CACUUCCGCAAUAGACAUCGUUACUGAGAAGAAUAUGGGGUAAUGUACAACAUACUGUCGAUUGAUGUGGUGUGGGACUGAUACAGUUUUAUCAGAGGAAGUAACAAAUGCUAAAAGGGUCCAUAACAUUAUAAUGGCGCGAUUGUAAUGCGAUCAGUUGAAUAGAAAGCUGAAACUAUAUAUAAACGCAUCAGCUGAGCUCAUCUGCUGCCAAGAUCCCUUACUGCACUCAGAAGAAAGGGAUUCAGUGCACUUUCCUCCAGAAUGAGCCGGGACAUUCCUAUCCACAGCUGGCCAGGCUCGUAUUACAUCAACAGUGAGAAGCGGUGGGAAAAUGGCACUCUCUCCCUCACCAGGACCAUGGUGCGCUUUGUCUCUAAUCAGAGUAAGGAAAGUCUUGUCAGCUUCCGCCUCUCCCGGAUCAUGGAGCUCAAGAUGGAAUCAUCCAGUUUCAUUUUCAGCACCCUAACAGUGCUUGAAGAAGGCAAUGUGAAACACUGGUUUGGGUCCCUGAAGCCCAACAGAGUGGUGGUUUAUAAUGUGUUGGAACAUUUCUGGAGAGAGCGCCUCCUGUCUCCCAGCUCAGAGGCCCCAGGAGCGGAGUCUCAGCCCUCUAAAGGCAGAAAACUGAUAAACCUGGUGGCAGGGGACCAAAGAAGACUGGAGGACACUGGUAGAGUCCUCGGCCACCAAGGAGAGCAGUUUGAUAACAUGAUGCAGGGACUGGAGAAGAUGAACUCUGACCUGGGCAUGGCUGAUAAGCUUUUGUCAGAGCUGGAGUGUCCCUCCUGGUGGCCUUUUGGCAAACUCCCCUGGCAAACUCAGCAGGAAGCCAAGGCUGAGGAUGCUGCAAGAGCUCCAGGUGCCACUGCUGCUUCAGCUGGCAGGGGUUCCGGUAGAAAUAAGGUGAUCACAAGCAUCCCAGCAGUAGUAUCCAGAGGUGGAGACUCAGACUUGAAACCUGGAUGCUUGUUGGUGCUGGUAUCCUCAUUGGAGGUCCAAGACAUAAACUGCCGGCUCCUUCAUCGCUUUGAACGCAAUGAAAUUGACGAAAUCAGGGUGCACAGUCCUUAUGAGAUUACCAUUCGACAGCGGUUUAUAGGGAAGCCUGAUAUAUGCUACAGGUUCCUGUCUGCCAAGAUGUCAGAGGCAAUGUCAGUGCUAGAGAUGCAGUACAAAAAGAAGGUGGAGUUCACAAGUGAAUACACUGCUUUUAAGGCAACUCCGGUUUCAUCUCCUUGUGACACAGAAGGGACAAACUGGAAUGAAGAGUCAGGUUUACCACAGAGGUGCCAAGAGCCAGAGCUCCCGCUGGAGGUCCCAGCAGGAGAGCUGUCCCAGUUGCAGGUGCAUGUUCUCCAGCCAUCUGUCAGUCAGGCUGAGGCCCAGGAACUCAAACAGAUGCUCAUGCAGCUGAAGAACCUUGCCCUGGAGGCAGAGACAGAGCUGGAACGUCAGGAUGAAGUUCUGGACGUCCUGACCAGCUCCACAGACCGAGCCACCAUGCACAUAGAGAAACACACCUGCCGUAUGAAGAGACUACUGUAGCUCAGGCAGUUCAGCGGAAGAAUGCAGUCACUAUGUCCCUCCUGAAAAAUGCACUGUAAGCUUCCUCACUGUCCUCAUGGGACUGGUGCAGUUUGAGAAUUCCAAAGUAUAGCAUUAAGGACUUGCAUGUACUCCAAAAUAGUUCAGUGGAUUUUUGUUGCAUUCCAUGAUAUAGUUACAUUGGUACAAGCAUUUGUGUCAGUGGUUUCUAGAAAGUGCAGCAGUAUCUGUUUAACACUAAAGAUAAUCCCUGAGAUUGAAGUCAUAUUUGAUUAUGACUUUUAAUAGGAAUAUGUAACAUAUUUCUCUUAAGUGGCUCAUCUUUCUACAUGACAUAAGCUAACGCUUUUGUGCAAAUCUAAAUAUGUCAUUUUUCACUUUAUUAAUUUACUUGAAACUAUUCAAACGUGUGACUGAGAUAAAUCAACCAUCAUUAUGAAGAGUAGUGGGAAUGUCCAUCCUGCAGCACUUUCAGAAUGCUGUUAGCAUUGAUAGCAUUCAUUUAGGCUUAGAUGCUAUUGGCUGCACAGUUUUCAUUUUGAAAACACAUACACCUUUUUUUUUUUUUUUUUUUUUUUUUACUUAGCUGGACUAUGGAAGCAAAUAUACUGAACCUCUGCUUGGUACAAAUUCAGUGGAGAGGAAAGUGUGCACUACAAAUUGAUCAGAAGGUAUUGGUAUACAAUCGUAAUAGGCACCUGACUGACAGAGAGGAAAAGGGACUCACCCAGCACUAGGUUUACACCCCUGGUAGUGGUGCUUUCGGCCCUGCUCAGCCUAUUGAACAGCCUUGUCAGUGCAUUAGUCACUUCUACUGGUGGCAGCACCUGAAUGGGGUCAGGGGCAAAAGCAUGAUUCCUCAGUGCAUAUCUUGCCCACCCAGUGAAGCUGGAGGGUGAAAAAAUGACUGAAUGUGUCUCAGAGGAGACGCACAGCAGCAGUGGGAGGCAGUAAGGACGGUGACUCCAGUGAAGGGCGAAAUGGAUUUCCAGAAGUGAAAAAGAAAAUAACUAGCCUAUUUAGUCUCUCUGCACAAGUUUUAAACAAGCAUGCAUGUUGUCUCUGUAGUUAUAUAAAAAAACAGAUGUAAGAGUAAAAGAUACAUCUGAUUUGAGUUUUAUUAUUAUUAUUCAUUAGCGACAGACUGACAGAUCAAAUUUGCCAGUGUCAUCACGGUUAUGUCCACGUUUCUGAUGAUGUUCUACCAUCCCUCCUUUUGACUAUUUUUCUCCUUCUUAGGCCCUGAGUGCCACUUAUCAUCUCUGGACACAGGAUCCCUGUUGCAUGUCUCAAUAUUGCUGCUUUGUAUUGCACCAAGUGGAAAUGACUCAUAAUUAUUAAUAUACAGUGUAGCUGUUUUAAAAUAUUCUAAAUGAAAUACUCCAUGUUAAGGUCCCUAUCUACUGUAUAGGUCUUGCUUAAGAUUGAUACUAUCCUGAAUAUGUAUUAUCUGUAAUGAACUGACAAUUACUGUAAUUCUGUAAUUUUGCUGUGGUCUGUUAUCACUGUGCACUUGUAAUUAGCGGUUAGCUUAACUUGAAAUAUCCUUGCUAUGUUUAAAAAAUUGGUCUUAGUGCUGUAAAGAGGCUUUCUUUUGCAGAUUAUGUCAAACAUCCCAACAUUAGACACAUCCAAACAAUUACCUCUAACUAUAAGGGAAGAGUAUACCUGCAUCUUUCUUAUAGCAAACAAAUAAAUGAAUGAAGCAACACAACAGGCAUUGUAAGUCUUAGAGUGAAUUAAUUUCUUUUCAGUUAAGUCAUCACCAUUGAAAGUCUGUAAUAGCAUAAAAUUUGCAAUAAGAUGAAGUCCUGAAUUGUCAGAGUUAAGAUCGGUUUUAUUGGUAUAAAGCUGUAAUCAUUAUU